AUGGACGCCGCCGACUCGUCGCCGAUGCACAUCGUCCUCUUCCCGUGGCUUGCGUUCGGUCACAUGACCCCCUUCCUCGAACUUGCGGAGCGCCUGGCGGCCCGCGGUCACCGCGUCUCCUUCGUCUCAACGCCGCGCAAUAUCAGCCGCCUCCCGGCCGUCGUGGACGUCCACCUGGUGGCCCUGCCGCUCCCCCACGUGGACGGCCUCCCCGAGGGAGCGGAAGCCACCAGCGACCUCCCGCCCGGCAAGGCCGAGCUCCUGCAGAAGGCCGCCGACGGCCUCGCCGGGCCGUUCGGCGCCUUUCUAGACGACGGCAAGAAGCCGGACUGGGUCAUCGUCGACACCUUCCACUACCUAGCCGCCGCCGCCGCCGCCCGCAGGGGCGUGCCGUCCGUGAUGUUCCCCAUCUUCUCCUCCUCAUCGAGCGCCCUAUGGGGCGUGCCGCGCGUGUCGACGGCCGUUGACCCGGAGGUAGGGGCGUCGCUAGCGCAGCGUUUCUUGUUAACCCACCAAAGCUGCAAGAUGGUGGCCAAGCGGUGCUGCGUGGAGUUCGACCCCGACGGCGUGCCUCUCCUGCCGGCCAUCUUCGGCAAGCCGUUCGCCCCUCUCGGCCUGCUGCCGCCGCCUCUGAGGUCCACCGAAGGCGACGCGCUCGUCUCAUGGCUCGACCGACAGCCGCCGAAAUCCGUCCUCUACGUCGCGCUGGGAAGCGAAGCGCCGCUGAGCAAGGAGCUGGUGCACGAGCUGGCCAUCGGCCUGGAGCUCGCCGGGACGGCGUUCCUCUGGGCCCUGAGGAAGCCCAGCGGCAUCCCGGACGACGCCGUCCUUCCUCCGGGCUUCCAGGACCGCACCAAGCACCGCGGGCUCGUGGCGAUGGGGAUGGUCCAGCAGACCAGGGUGCUGGCGCACGACUCCGUCGGCGCGUUCCUGACGCACUGCGGGUGGAGCUCGGUCAUCGAGGGGAUGCAGUAUGGACGUCCCCUUGUCAUGCUGCCAUUCUUUGGGGACCAAGGGCCGAUUGCUCGGCUGAUGGAGGGGAGAAAGGUUGGACUGCCGGUGCCAAGGAAGGGAGAGGAUGGGUCGUCUUUUGACCGGGAAGGCGUCGCGUCGGCGGUCCGGGCCGUCAUGGUGGAGGAGGAAGGUAGAUGUGCCUUCGCGACCAAUGCCGGGAAGUUGCAACAGGUUGUCGGCGACACUGCAAGCCAUGAGCAGUGCAUCGAUGACUUCCUCCAGCAACUACGAUUUUACAAGGAAUAGUGUCGGCAUGGCCCGGCGCGUUCUUUUGUGACAGGCCUAGGGCCAACAGAAUCGCCUCCUCCCCAGCUUCUCAAUAACCACUUCAUAUAUAUUUUAUAAUCCUAUCUAGUUAAAAUCUAAUUAGUUAGAAUUAUAUAAAAAAUAUGAGUGACGAUUCUGGAAGAAGCUGGGGAAAAGGGUGAUUUUGGAAGAAUCGUCAAGAACAACUGGCCCCUAUUCAAGAAAAGUACUACCGCCGGGUCAUAUAACAACAAAAUAGAAUGUACUGUAUCACCGCAUCGUUAUCCUAUGA